GACGCGGGAGCAAGGCUCCCGCGGCGCUGUCAAGGAGCUCGAGGCUGAGGGUGUUCGGGGCCCGGGAGACCGGGCCGCCGGGCCGCGGGCGCCUCAGCAAUGUUUUACUCAGGACUCCUCACCGAGGGCGGCCGCAAGGAGACCGACAUGCGGGAAGCGGCGUCCCUGCGGCAGCAGCGCCGGAUGAAGCAGGCGGUGCAAUUCAUCCACAAGGACUCCGCCGACCUGCUACCCCUGGACGGCCUCAAAAAGCUGGGCUCGUCCAAGGACACGCAACCUCAUAACAUUCUGCAGAGGCGCCUCAUGGAAACCAACCUGUCCAAGCUCCGGAGCAGUCGAGUCCCUUGGGCCUCCAAGACCAACAAAUUCAAUCAGGCAAAGUCUGAAGGGCUAAAAAAGUGUGAAGAUGAUGACAUGAUUUUAGUGUCUUGCCAGUGUGCUGGAAAGGAUGUGAAAGCUUUGGUUGACACCGGUUGUCAGUAUAAUCUCAUCUCUUCGGCCUGUGUGGACAGAUUGGGACUAAAGGACCAUGUUAAAUCUCACAAGCAUGAAGGAGAAAAGCUUUCUCUGCCACGGCAUCUCAAAGUAGUAGGCCAGAUUGAGCACUUACUGAUUACAGUGGGCUCUCUCCGUCUGGAUUGCCCAGCAGCUGUGGUUGAUGAUAAUGAAAAAAACUUGUCACUUGGUCUCCAGACUCUUAGAUCCCUGAAGUGUAUCAUAAAUCUGGACAAGCACCGGCUGAUCAUUGGGAAGACAGACAAAGAAGAAAUCCCUUUUGUGGAGACAGUGUCUUUGAAUGAAGCUAACACUUCAGAAGCAUAAUUGCAGCCUGGAGAGUGUCUGCAUGUGCACACACCAGGUUGACAGACUGAGAAAACUGGGUUUGAACUAAAUGCAGUAGCAACUUGCUAUGGACCAAGUCCUUCCCUCCAGUACAUCCUGCAGGGGCUUCUUCCCACUCAGACCUUUCUAGACUAUAGUCUGUGCUUAGAGAUCUUGUCUAGUUAAUGGCUUAAUGGUUAAACAGCCAUUGUUUUUUUACUUCUUUGAAUAUUUAAUUUAUAGACCCUUUGGACACUG